AAAUGAGGAAAGGUAUCCUUCACUUCACUUGUUCUUCUUACCUGUGAAGGUAGAACAAGCCUUCACCUGUUGCUCUCUGCCAGAUGACAAAAGGAAGUCACAGCCAAUUACUUAUUUGACUAAUCAUCGGUGAUUACUUUCACUCAACCCCGUAUUGUUUACUAUACAAAAUAUUCCACUUGGAUUUUUUUAAAUACGGAUAAAGCCAAAACAUGGCUUUUCGCAAGAUUAAAUCAAAAAUCAGCCAAAGUUUAGUCAUCUGUGUGAUGUUUUGCAUUAUAAAAACUUGUGAAGCUGCCAAAGAACUAGAGAAAUCAGACAAUGCAGAUUUAUUAGUUGCGUCAAGUGUAGCAGUCAAUACCUAUAAAAUACAAUCUACAGGUUCUGCAACUUCAGGACUUAAAAAAUACGGCUAUCCUUUUCUCAUAGCUCCAACUUUAAAUCCAGUCAUCAGUUCCAGAUCAGACGAUGAUGAGGAUACAGAAGAUAUAGAGCCAAUCGCUUCAGCCAAAGACUACGGAUCCAAAUUGACUGUCUCAGAAACAAGUGAAAAGAAAAGCAACGAAAAGAAGCGUAAAAUCCCAUACAGGUAUGGUGCGAUUCGCCGACAAGGAUAUCAAGAUAAAACUGACACGGAUGAACAUAAGGCAAGGCGAUAUAAAGAGCCGAAAUACAGGAAUUUUGAUGAACUGGAGAGCAAAUUUAAGCCAAGGAGAAUAGAUUAUGAAGCACCCUACUCAGAAUAUUAUGUACCAUCAAAAUCAUCUAAACCAAAGGUUUCUCAAAGGGAUCCAUACUUAUCACCCUCCUCUAAAGAACCCAUAGAUACCUUUUAUCCAAUUUCUAAGACCAGAAGUUAUACCAGUCCUUAUAAGCAAAGUGGAAGAAGCUCAGCAAUGUAUGGCUCUGGCCGCUAUGAAGAUUCGCCCCCUUACUAUGGCACCUAUAGCCACAGUAGUUAUUCAGAUGAUGCUUACAAUAGCCCAUCAAAAUAUCCAACGAAUGAUGAUCCCUAUAAUUACCAGGAAGAUUAUACAAUUGAAAGCAAUAAGCCAAUAAUUGGCGACAUCCGGAAAAGGCUUCUCGACUACGCGGGUGCUUCAGAUUUGUACGAGGGGGAACCAGACUACCUUCGCCAAGUUGCCUUGAACAAACACAAAUAUGCACCUAUUGGGAAUGAUUAUUAUGGUUAUGGCGAGCCAGAGUACAAGAAGUCCUACAGAGAGUUCCCUUAUGUGGAAUCUAAAAUAUCCCUAAUUAAGAAAAGGAGAAUAUCCUGAGCCAAAGUAAAUUAAGCCAAAACAAUCAGCGAAUUAAUGUAAUGUUACCUAAGGAUAAAUGUGUGCAGUAAAAUUUACUGAGAAUUCAUGAGUGUUAGGCUACUUUUUGAAUAGCAAAUAUACAAACCUGUGAUAGUAUUUCAAAGAAGAAAAUGUCUCGAUAAAAUUAAGAUUGCUCCUCACAUAAAUGAAGUCCUUCGAGAAACAACUAUGGCUAAGACUACUAAACAAAAUACAUUGUUUUAGAAUCUUGCCGUACAAACAGGCUAAAGAUAAAAACAUAUUGUUGCAGUAACUUAGGUAAAUGAGAGACAGAUGAAAAGGGCCAUUGGUAUUGUAUCAUCUUCUAACUGUUAUUUAAGUUUAUUUUAAUUACUUAAAUCCAGUUAUUCUACAGUAUUUUUUAAUAUUUUGUAUAUUUCAUAUUUGUUUUAAAAACUUAAUUAGCACAAAAGUACAUAGACUUGAAAAAACACAUAAUACCUGAAACAAGUGAAAUGGUAAAUUAAACUGCCUUAUCAAUGAUUUUGAUGUCGAAAUAAAUAAAUUGUAAACUA